AUGUCGACACUCUGGAGUCGAAUGCGAUUGGACCAUGGGUCCAGGUGGAUUAACGAAGAUAUUCGGCCCCUCGACUUGGAACACCACACGUGGAACUUUCUAGCCUUCAACAAUUUUUGGCUUUUGAUCAAUUGCAGUAUUGCAACCUACCUCACUGGCAGCGCCCUUAUUCCCCUGGGCCUUACCUGGUGGCAAGCUACAAUUUCCAUUGUCGUGGGAAAUUUGAUUGCAACCGCCGCACUCUUAGUCAGUUCGCUGGCCGGCGCCCACUAUAAUAUUGGAUUUUCGGUAUACAGCAGGACGGUUUGGGGCGUGUGGGGAUCUCAAUUCGUUAUAUGGAACAGAGUCUUUCUCUCUUUCAGUGAGUAUGCCUUUCAGGCCUGGAUUGGCGGCGAAUGCAUUUACUGCAUGCUGCUCUCCUGGGAUCCGAACCUCGAGGAUCAUAUUCCAAACACCAUUCCGGCAGAAACAGGCAUGACCUCGGCGCAAUUUGUGUCCUAUGUCAUCUUCUCCGUCGUCAUACUUCCGUUCCUAUGGAUUCGUCCUCACCGGAUUCAAAAGUGGUUCAACAUUUCUAGCAUCAUCACCAUGGGGUUCUUCGUCAUAUUGCUCAUUUGGGCACUGGCGACCAUGGGCCCAGAAGGUUUCGGCUCCACUAUAGGUUCUGGUAGUGAGCUUCCUCAAACCCAGGGACCUUAUAGCGUUGCAUGGCUCAUGAUUUGGGGUGUCAUGACUACCAUCGGGUCGAUUGCGGCGGGCAUUCUCAACCAAAACGACUUUGCUCGUUUUGCACAGCGACCCGCGCACGCUAUUUGGGGCCAGGCCUUUGCCUUUCCGCUUUAUAGUAUCUUUGCGUCGGUUUUGGGCAUCUUGGUCACUGCUGCCACGCAAAAUCGCCUGGGCGGCGAGGCGGUUUGGAACCCCCCAACCUUGUUGGCCAGCUUGCUCCAAAAGGAUCCCAGCGCGGGCACACGCGCGGCCGUCUUCUUUGCCGGUCUGGCCCUGACUAUUGCCCAAAUGGCCAGCAACAUUGCCGGCAAUGCGCUGGCCGGCGGCAUCGACCUUUCGGCACUAUUUCCCAAGUUUAUCAAUAUUCGCAGAGGCGCAUAUAUCACGGCAAUCUUGAGCCCGGUCGUCAACCCAUGGCGGCUUGUGAAUACGGCGACAACGUUCCUCUCGGUCCUUUCUGGCUAUGGAGUCUUCCUGGCACCAAUGACUGGCAUGAUGGCUGCUAGCUACCUGAUCGUUUACAAGCAAAAGCUACGGACGGAUGACAUGUACCGUGGUGACUCUGACGGGAUCUACUGGUUCAAGGCAGGCAUCAAUUGGCGUGCACCCGUGGCAUGGGUCGUCGGCGUAACCCCAUGUCUCCCCGGGUUCAUUGCUUCCAUCAAUACAUCAAUCAGCGUCCCCGAUGGAGCUAUUGAGCUAUACUACAUCAACUAUCUUUACGGCUUUCUUUCGAGCGCUGGGUGUUUCGCACUGCUGCACUGGAUAUUUCCUGAUCCCGCCGUGGAUGCGUUUGUCAAGGGUCCGGAAAGUGCCAAGGAAAUCAUGCGUCAACAUCACCUGGCUUGGGACAGGCCGUUGGACGGAGUUUCCGACAAUCAAGAUGCUGCAUCUCACGAAAUCGAGGAUAAGCCGACCAUACAUUGCCCUUCAAUAUGGCCUACUGCCUCGUCAACUUACCCGACGACUCCCUGUUUAUGGCCAGGCCUUCAGAGUAACCGUGCAAGUGAUCGAAUGGAUCCUCAGCAGCUAGAUCACGAACUGGAGUCACGGCCCGGCAAGUUUACCGUUGAAAGCACCUUUGGAUCAAGACAGUGGAGAAGUAGGAAACGGCGCCCUUGCGACAGGUGUAGACAACGGAAAACAGCUUGCGUGAUUCCCUCUGGGCCCCCUUGCGACUUUUGCAAACAGAGAGGUCUGUCUUGUGAGGCUUCUCUGGCUAAUACGCCACGCCGUAGACCCGGCCGCCAGGGGUCUACGAGAUCAACAGAGGUCUCAGCUAGAUUGGCAGAGCAAUAUGAAGAUUGCGUCCACUCCAACGACAGUGCAGUCUCACCUCCGACCGAUUCGACGAGCACAACGCAGGAUGAUGGCACAUCUGUCUUGCCCAGUCCCAUUGUGCCAUCUGCUCCUUCAAGUUCGACAACGCCUCGUGCACGACAAUUAUUGACACUUGAAGGUAAUGAUGGAAAGACGGCGCACUACAUGGGUCCAGCUUCAGAGCAGGAUGGCUUUCUUCUGGACACCUUUAGAUCAGCAAUCAUUAAUGACCAAGACGAGGUGGACGCCAACAUAAUCCAAGUCUAUCGUGGCGCAUACUCCCAUGACCACGCCCCAAUACAUUUCCUCCUUCUGGAAAAUGAGUUCCCCAUCUACACGAACCAGUCUAUGCAGAAUGCAUCCGACAGGAUAGAAGCUCUGGUUGACCCUUUUGGCCCAGAUCUUGUUCGUCUGUACUUUCAUCACGUCCACCCAGUGUACCCGAUUCUCUCCAAAACUCGAUUCCUAAGGCAAUACACGACUGCACGGACAACAGCUCUCCCAGCUUCGCUCAGAGGUGCCGUUUACGCCCUCGCAUGCGUCUUCUGGAACGAUCGCCCUGGUGUGAGUACCCCACUGGCUUUCCAACAGCACGAACUAGUCGCCCUCGCCUAUGAAUCUCUAAGACGGGAGCUCGAGGCGCCGAAUCUGGCCAAGCUGCAAGCUUGUCUUCUCCUUUUACACAUUCAACCUCCCGACGUAGACAGCGUCGAGACGCCCAGCACAUGGACCUCGACGUCGCAGGCGACGGCAUGCGCGCAAAUGAUUGGGCUGCAUCGCGACCCCGAGGCGUGGAAUAUUCCAGCAUGGGAAAAGGCUCUGCGCAAGAAACUUUGGUGGGCUGUCUUUGCCACGGAUGCGUGGUCCUCGGUGUGCCAUGGGAACCCUCUUCAUGUACACGCCAGCUCGUUUGAUACCGCGCCACUUCAGAUGGAUCAUUUACGCAUUGAUGAGGAUGUUCCAGAAGACCUCAUGCAUUUCGUGGAGCCCGAAAAUGCACGGUUCCAAUCUGCUGUUGCUGUACGGUAUCUGGAGGCGAUACGCAUCUCGCAGUCGUUACAUGAGCUCCUAACUUGCGCCUUCCAGAUUCAGCCAACUCGAGAGUUAAGCACCAAUAUCAAAUCCAAAGAGCUACGUCUCCAGGCAGUGCGGCUGCAACUUCAAGAUUGGCAUGACCUCCUACCUCGCUGCCUGGGGACCGAAGCGGGUAAGAAUUCCAGACCGAAUGAUAAUAAUCCAUUACAUAUCUCGUAUUAUGCCACAGAGGUCCUGUUAUGGCGUGCUCUCAUGCAUCCAGCAACUGCCAAAGCCAGAGCAGAUGACAGUUCAAGUCUCCAGCAGUGGUUCGCAAUUGCUCUUGCGGAAUUUGAGGACUUCGUGAACUUCUUUGCCGAUCUGGACAUUACUUGUCUUCAUGGAUUUAUCCCGCGACACGCUCGGUCUCAAUUGAUACUAUGCGGCAAUUUCCUCAUAUAUCUCUUUCUGCUCGCCAGAAAACCAGCCGACGUGCGCAAAGCCUAUCAACUCCUGGAAGGUUUCCAGAGCUCAUUACUACGACUCGAGGCUACGUCAAGUAGCCGCACUGUGCUGUUUCUCAAGCCCGUGACCUUUCGAAUCAAUUCGUUCUUCAGUCAAGCUGCUGACAUCAUGCGGCAAAAGUGUGCAUCGCCUGCGACAUGA